GUUUUUUCUCCACAUGACCAAAUGUAGAGGGUUCCUUCAAAAUAGCGCCAGGAUACUUUUCAAAUUUUGAAACAGCAACGUCUCUCUCCAAGCUCGAAUUCCCUUUCCCCAAUUGCCCCAAACCCUAAAUCGAAUCCUCGAACUCCUUUAGAAAUCAUAAAAAUUCACUAAAUCAUCUUUAUUUUAUCAUUUUUUUAACGAAAAUGGCGUCGUUUCGCAGCCAAAAUCGACCUCCAAAUUUCUCUCUCAGUAAAAAGGAUGGAGGAGAAGAAUUACCUUUUGAUAAGCGUCGGAAAAUAGGUGGAGGAAGAUUGGCGGGUACUACUGCGGCUAGUAGAGCGAGGCAAGUUCUUUCAAAUGUUAAUUCGAAUAAUCAAGAUGGUGCAAGUGAUGCGGCAUCCAUUGCUGAAGUUCCUGAGAGUGUCGAAUUUACUAAGGAAGAAGUUGAGGCGUUGUUGAAUGAGAAGAUUAAGGGGAAAAAGUUCGAUCUUAAGGGUAAAUUGGAGCAACUUUCAGAGUCGAAUAAAAAGUUUAGACUUUGUAUAAAAUGGUUUCAAGGAGUGGAGCAAAGCCUCAAUCAGGAGCAGGAAAAGCUGCGUAAUUUGUUAGAGGCGUCCGAGAGGAAAUGCGUGGGAAUUGAGGAUGAGAGGAAGAGGAAGGAGGAUGAACUUAACACGAUCAAUGGCGAGUUGAGGCAAAGCAAUGUUGUUCUACAAGAGAAAUUAGCAAAAGAAGAAUCAGAUAAAUUGGAAGCAAUUGAGGGUCGUACUAACGAACAGAAUGGGAGAGCUGCUGCAGAAGCUUUGAAUGCCUCACUAUCACAAGAGCUUGAGAAAAUCCGACAAGAAAAAGCAGAUGCUGAUUUAAAGGUUGCGUCUGUGAAUGAUAUGUACAAGCGUUUGCAAGAGUAUAAUACUAGCUUACAACAGUAUAAUAGUAGACUCCAAACAGAUCUUGCAGCUGCUAAUGCAACCCUUCAAAGAGUGGAGAAGGAGAAAUCGACAAUUGUGGAGAAUUUGGGUUCCUUAAGGGGACACUAUGCCACCUUGCAAGACCAAUUGUCCUCUUUCAAGGCUUCCCAAAAUGAGGCUGCAAAGCAAAAGGAGACCUUGAAUACUGAACUUAUUCGCCUACAAGGAGAGUUACAACAAGUUAGAGAUGAAAGGGAUAGGAUGCAUUCACAAGUGCUUCUUUUAACCUCUGAAAUAGAGAAGUACAAAGAGACCACAGGGAAGUCAGUUGCAGAGUUGGACAACUUGAUGAUGAAGUCUAAUGCAUUGGAGGAAACUUGCGCUUCACAAAGGGAGCAAUUGCAUGUACUUCAGGAUCAGCUUGCAUCUGCAAAUGAGAAGCUCAAGAUGGCUGAUCUUUCAGCUUUUGAAACAAGAACUGAAUAUGAAGAACAAAAGCUACUGAUACGUCAAUUGAGAGAUCGUUUGGCAGAUGCAGAGCUUCAAAUUAAUGAAAAGGAGAUGUUGAGAAGAAGGUUGCACAAUACUAUAUUGGAAUUGAAAGGAAACAUUCGCGUCUUUUGUAGAGUUAGGCCCUUGUCACCAGAAGAUGGCUGUGCUUCUGAUUUACCUGUUAUCUCUUAUCCUACCUCAACUGAAGGACAUGAAUCCGGAAUUGACCUGAUACAAAGUGGACAAAAAUACGCCUUUACUUUUGAUAAAGUGUUUACCCAUGAGGCCUCUCAGAAUGACGUGUUUGUUGAAAUAUCAGAGUUGGUGCAAAGUGCUCUUGAUGGAUAUAAGGUGUGUAUAUUUGCUUACGGUCAAACAGGUUCCGGCAAAACAUAUACCAUGAUGGGCAGACCUCAGUCCAUAGAGCAGAAAGGGCUUAUUCCUCGCUCUUUGGAACAGAUAUUUGAAACUAGCCAAAGGCUAUCAGCUCAGGGCUGGAAGUUUAAAAUGCAGGCCUCAGUACUCGAAAUUUAUAAUGAAACAAUCAGGGAUCUGCUAGUAACUAAUAGAACAAGUUGGGAUGCUGCACGUACUGAAAAUGGUGCUUUGGGAAAACAGUAUGCAAUUAAGCAUGAUGCUAAUGGAAGCACAUUUGUCUCUGAUCUUACCAUUAUCGAUGUGUGCAGUUCAAAAGAGGUUGCUUCUCUUUUGCAUCAAGCUGGCCAAUGCCGGUCCGUUGGCAAGACACAAAUGAAUGAGCAAUCAUCAAGAAGUCACUUUGUCUUUACACUGCGAAUUUCUGCAGUAAAUGAGACCACAGAAAAACAUGGUGUUUUGAAUCUUAUUGAUCUUGCUGGAAGUGAGAGGCUCUCUAAAAGUGGAGCUACUGGUGAACAAUUGAAAGAAACUCAGGCCAUCAACAAGAGCUUAUCCUGCCUUGCUGAUGUUAUAUUUGCUUUAGCCAAGAAGGAAAGCCAUGUUCCCUUCAGGAAUUCAAAGCUUACAUACCUUUUACAGCCUUGUCUAAGUGGUGACUCAAAGACAUUGAUGUUUGUCAAUCUAUCACCGGAACCAUCAUCAGUAAACGAAUCACUAUGCUCCCUUCGAUUUGCUGCCAGAGUUAACACAUGUCAGAUAGGAGUUCCUCGCCGUCAAACGGCCGUAAGAUCAUCAGAUUUCGUCUAAGCACAGGCUGAAGACAAUAUAUAUGCCUUCUCUUCUUUUUACUUCAAAGAAAUUUGUUCCUAACUUCCUAGAGUGUAAGUUUAUGGUUGUAUAAGCAGCUAUAGGAUGAAAUAAUUGGUUUUUUCUGAUCUAUAGUGUAAUAUAGGUGAUUAGGACUUUAGGAGUAUUGAUUAUGAAUGCAAAGUUUCCAGCUUUGCCUAGUUUAUCUGGUUUUUUCAAUGAAUUAUAGAUUAUACAAAAUUGAUGGUGAUGUUUUCUAUAGUAAAAAUAAUAGUGUUGAUCAUUUAUUUUGUUGA